AUGAGAUUUCUUUGUUUGAAUGGGGCCUACGGCAGUGCCGAUAAAUUUCAAGUCCAGCUGGCGCCGAUAUUGAAAGAGCUUGGCGAUGUUGGCGACGGUCGACCUUCAACCUUUUAUUUUGCCCAUGGUCCAUGCCGAGCCGUACCACCACCAGGUUUUGAAGACUAUUUCGGCCCAGCACCUCACUACAGAUUCAUUGAGCCGGAUGGAGCAGCCAGCAAGGGUCAGUCUGAUGAUGUUCUGUCGAGGAUACGCGAGUUUCCCGAAUGCGAGAUCGCCGAGGACACCAUGCGCGAGUUGCUCCGUGGAUGCGAAGACUCUUCCGAAUCCGACUCUGAUGCUGGGACACCAACUGCUGUGGCAACGGCGCAUCGAUCUACCAAUAAUGCUAUCAGGUACAUCUUGGAUAUCGUGAAAAAGCAUGGGCCCUUUGAUGCUGUCGUCGGAUACUCAGAGGGUGCCACCAUGGCAGCAACGAUGUUGCUCUACCAACAGCGGCAGCAAAAGCGAUGGGGAACGAAGCCUCUCUUCAAGUACGGCAUCUUUUUUGCGGGCUGGCCACCUCUAGACCCUCGAACACACGACAUCAUCCUUGCGGAUGAAAGCGAUGAGAGAAUCGAGACAAGAACGCUCCAUAUUGUUGGUUCACUAGAUCCAUACAUACAUGGAUCUAUGGCUCUUUACAAUGUAUGCGAUAUGGACACAGCAGUUCUGUUUGAUCAUGCAAAAGGGCACACACUGCCCAGAGAUAAGGAGACGAUCCGGGAGCUUGUCGACGUGAUCUGUGAGACAGUGGCUGAAAUGCAGGAGGAUGGUAAUAUUUAG